AUGGCCUCUGUGUGGGCGCGUAUGCGAAACUGGGGCGGCUGGCGGCCACAAGGACCGGUGGCCGAGACUGCCUGGAGACUGGGUGUCUUUGCGACAUGGCUCCCAGCCGUCGCUUGGAUCAAUGCGCACGUCGCAGAGCUGACGGCUGUGCAAGGGCAGUCUAUGUAUCCUUAUAUAAACGAAGAUAAAGAUUCGACUUUGCGAAACGACGUCGUUCUCACGUGGAAGUGGUCGCCGCAGGAUGAUUUGCAAAGGGGCAUGGUGGUGACUCUGAGAAGCCCUAAUAACCCAGAGGCUGUGGCUAUCAAGCGAAUAGUUGGCCUGGAGGGAGACACCGUUCACACGCGCCCACCGUAUCCCUUUCCCAAAGUCAAGAUCCCCAAGGGACAUAUUUGGGUAGAGGGCGACGGCCGGCCUGGAACGACAAUAGACAGCAACACGUACGGGCCGGUCUCAAGACGGUUGCUGGUCGGCAGGGUCACCCACAUCUUGUAUCCCUUCCACAAGUUUGGCGAGGUCAAGUGGUGGGAGCAUAUACCGCGGCCGAUCGAACGUGGACCGCGCUGA